UCUCUCUCUCUCUCCAUCCACCUCUCUCUCACUCUCUCUCUCUUUUUUCUCAGCUCUCCUUUCUCAAAAAAGCCAUGACGGCGAUCCCGCGAUCCAUCUUCGCCUCCGCGCCAUCUUUGUAUUAUUUCUAAUUUAUUUUAUUUUUUUUUCUUGUGGAUGUCAAAGGCGUUGGAUGAAGAUAUUUUUUGCCCCUCCGGAGUCUCCUCUCUAACCCCGGCUCUCCCCGAUGUGAUCCGCGCUGAAAGCCGCCGCCGCCAGCCACCAUGUCUCGCCGCAAGCAAGGCAAACCCCAGCACUUAAGCAAACGGGAUUUUUCGCCAGCCGAGCCCCUCUCCACGGCCGUCGUCUCAUCGGAGGAGCUGUCGGAGCGCUGCUCGGAGCACUCGGAGGAGAGCGGCAGCCUCAACGGGCACCAUCCGGGCUCGACCGUGGGCCGGCUGGCCCGGCUGGGUCACGACUCUCACCCCUCUCUGGAGCAGGACCUGCUGACCUGCGGCCAGUGCCAGGCCACCUUCCCCCUGGCGGACAUCCUGCUCUUCAUUGAGCACAAGAGGAAGAGAUGCCAUGGGCCACCAUGCCUGGCUGUAGGCCGGGGGCUGGACAAGCCCCCCUCGCCCUCCCCUGGCUUGGCCCUCACCCCAUCCCCUGCCCUGGGGUCCCUGCGCAGUCGGAGGCCCGUGGAAGUGGGUGUCCAGGCCACACUGGCAGAUGACGACGAUGACAGGUUCUCAUCGCCCCGAGGGAUUUGCCCCAAACAGGAGCCCCUCCCAGCCAUAUGGCACAUUGUUGCCCUGAAGCAACAAGGGGAUGAUCCAGUUUUUGAUUGCUACAUAAGCAGAAGACCCCAAUCUUUCAAAGAGUACAGCAGAAUAUUUUUCCCCCAGAGAAACAGAAUUCAUGCAGCACAAGGUAAGGAGGAGCCCACAACCUAUACCUGCACUACAUGUAAGCAGUCAUACGGCAGCGCCUGGUUCUUGCUGCAGCACGCUCAGAACACCCACGGCUUCCGCAUCUACCUGGAAAGUGAACAUGGCAGCCCUCUCACACCACGCAUGGGUGGACCUUCCUCCCUGGGUGGGGGCGCAGACUGCCCUUCUCAACCUCCCCUUCAUGGCCUCCAUUUGCCUCCUGAUGCAAGCCCCUUCAAUCUCCUCCGCAUCCCUGGCUCGGGCUCAGGUGGACGGGAUAGCGUCGGAGCAGGAGGUGGAGUUGGCCCUGCUGGCGCUGCUGGCGGGGGCCAUCAUCAGCGUUUCCCUCCCACGCCACCCCUGUUCAGCCCCCCUCCAAGGAACCACUUGGACCCCCAUCACUUGAGCCCAGAGGAGCUGGCGCUGGCAGCCCACCACCCGAGUGCCUUUGACAGGGUGCUGCGCCUCAAUCCUCCUCUGCCCCUGGACCCCCCUCCAACAAUGGACUUCUCACGGCGGCUACGGGAGCUGGCGGGCAACACCUCAGGGUCCACUCCCCCGCUAUCCCCAAGCCGGCCCAGCCCCAUGCAGCGCUUGCUCCAGCCAUUCCAGACAGGAGGAGGAAGUGGAGGAACAGGAGGUGCAGGGGGCAGCAAACCUCCAUAUCUUGCUACCCCACCCCCUCUUCCAGGCUCCAUGCAGUCACCUGUGGGCUCUCAGACCACUCCUACAACCCCUCUCCCUUCAGCAGGGGUAACACCCUCCUCCACCACCCCCUUGAAAUCAAAGUGUUGUGAGUUUUGUGGCAAAGCCUUCAAGUUUCAGAGUAAUCUAAUAGUGCACCGGCGCAGCCACACAGGAGAGAAGCCGUACAAAUGUCAUCUGUGUGAUCAUGCUUGUACACAGGCUAGCAAACUGAAGCGCCACAUGAAGACACACAUGCACAAAUCCUCCUCGCCAAACACGGGCAAGUCAGAGGACGGGCUCUCAACAGCCUCCUCUCCAGAGCCUGGCACCAGUGAGCAUUUGGGCAGUGCAAGCAAUGCACUUAAGUCAGUGGUAGCCAAGCUGAAAAGUGAGAAUGACCGCAUGCUACGUGAGAACGGUGAGGAGGAGGAGGAUGAAGAAGAGGAAGAGGAAGAGGAAGAAGAGGAGGAAGAGGAGGAGGAGGAGGAAGAGGAGGGAGAGGAGGAAGAAGACCAAAACGGAGAGAGGGCAGCCAGGAGAAACAACAACAGCUAUCACUUUGGUUUGAACCUUGAAGCAGGACGUCAGCAUGAAAACAACGGUGGUAUUGGAAGCCGUCUGGGAGGUUUGGCUGAUGAGGGGUCCAUCCCUCGGUCACUGCCUGAGGUGAUGCAAGGGAUGGGUCUGGCCGCUAGCAUGCAGCACUUCAGCGAAGCCCUAAAUGCACACAAACGGAAUGCCAUGGCCCAGGAGAAUCACCUGCAUCACCACCUCAACCGAGACCACCACCACAAUCGCGAGAUGUGUGAUGGAGACUCUGUGCUGGAAACAGAUCGUGGGGAGGAGGGCUCCGUCUCAACAGUGAACGGGCGGGGAGCUUCCCCUAAUGAAUCUGCCUCUGUCGGCAUCUCUAAGAAACUGCUUCUGGGUAGCCCCAGUCCACUCAGUCCUUUCUCCAAACGCAUCAAGCUGGAAAAGGAAUUCGACCUGCCCACUCCCACAAUCCCUAACACAGAGAACGUCUACUCCCAGUGGCUGGCUGGCUAUGCCGCCUCCCGACAACUCAAGGACCCUUUUCUGAACUUUGGGGAUUCCAGACAAUCGCCGUUCGCCUCUUCGUCUGAGCAUUCGUCAGAGAAUGGCAGUCUGCGUUUCUCGACCCCUCCGGGGGAACUGGAUGGUGGGAUGUCAGGCCGCAGUGGUACAGGUAGUGGAGGCAGCACUCCACACCUUGGGGGUCCUGGGCGGCCCAGCUCCAAGGAUGGCCGCAGGAGUGAUACUUGUGAGUAUUGUGGCAAGGUGUUCAAGAACUGCAGUAACCUGACAGUGCACCGGCGCAGCCACACAGGAGAGAGACCAUACAAAUGUGAGCUGUGCAAUUACGCUUGUGCCCAGAGUUCCAAACUUACACGCCAUAUGAAGACCCAUGGUCAGGUGGGCAAAGACGUGUACAAGUGUGAAAUUUGUCAGAUGCCCUUCAGUGUCUACAGCACCUUGGAGAAACACAUGAAAAAAUGGCACAGUGACCGUCCUUUGAGUACCGAAAUAAAGUCUGAGUAGAAGGCCGAACUAUGGGACCUUUUCCCCACAGCUAUGUCCGCCAUUAGUCCCCCGUUUAUUCCCAACUCCUUGUAGAUUUGCCCCAACCCCAACACUCCACUUUCGCCAGUCUGGUGGAAGCUUAAGACCAUGUGCUCUGCACCAGCACACCCCGUUUCCAUUACCCAUUGAAUGCAUGAUCUGUAUCGGGGCAAUACUCUUGCAUUGACGCAAAACUUCGAGCCUUUCUCUUGUGCAAUAAUUUACAUGUUGUGUACAAUUUUCUUUUUUGAGUUUUCCUUUUCCAUUUUUAAGAAUUAGUCAGCAUGCAUAGUAUGUUUUUGCUAAUCAAAAAAAGAAAAGAACUUGUCCCUGGUUGAUUAAUUGUUGAGUAAAUGUGUUGCUGUUUUUCUCUUGUUCUGUUUUUUCUUUUUAUUCUUCAAAAAGAGAAAAGACAAGAAAGAUACAUCCAUGCUGCAUACAUUCUGUAACACAUAUCAUGUACAGUUUUGUUUUGUAACAUGGAAAGUGAACAGUCUUUACCCUCUUCUUACAACCCUGGAAAUGCACUUAUCCUGAUCUUUCUAAAAGAUACCAUGUUCACACAGGGUUAAAAAAAAAAAUCAUGCAUUAGCUUGAUGACUAAACCAUAAGUAAUGACAGCCUUCAAAUUUCUUUCAAAAAGACAAGGGUGUGCUAAAAAUUCAAUUUGUACUAUCAUUUGGUAAAAUAAGAAAGAGUGCCUUUGAUAUCUCAAGACUGCAUUGGCCAUUAUCUUAUCUGGUAUAAGUUUGGGGUCACAUUAGAUGAAGCUAAAAGGUUUAUGCCACCCACAAAAGGUCCUUGCAUCAAGCACCUGGCUGCUCAAAUGGACUGUGACAACUCAUGAUGAAAGAUCAGAGAGUUUUCAUUAAUCAUCAUUUAGCUACCUAUUACAUGUUCAAUAGGCUAUCUUUAAUAUGUGGAUUUCAUGGCAAGCAUGGUACAAGCAGUAUUGUGUAUAUCUGAAUUAUUUGUAGUUUUGUUUCUGGUAAGGAGGUACUUUUGAGAUAAAGGUAAUCUGUAUUGUACAAUCCUGAUCUUGAGGGAUACAGCGCAUGGCUGAGAAGUGUCAUGUAUCUGCGUUAGCACAAACCUACAACGCUGCUUUGAUAUGUCAGUGUGUGGAACAAUGCAUACAGUAAUAUAUGAGCUCCAAGUGAGGCUAACUUUAUUUGAGAGCUUUGAAAUAACUGCAAGUUGGACAGACAGAAAGCUACACAGAACUGGAAGCUACGUACAUAUUAUGGGGAUCAGAGGCAAUUUCUUUCACUCUUUCAUUCACAUUUCUAGUAUCAAAACAGGGUCAUUAACUAUGAAUUGCAGAAAAAAGAAAGAAAGAAUUGCAAAAAAAAAAAAAAAUCGACUCCAGGGCUCUUGAAAAGAGUGAAAAAUGCGAUAAUUUUAUUCAGUAUGCAUAGGCUAAUGCAGGGCACAUUUUUGUUUGCUGUUGCUUUUUAACCCAAAAGGAGGGUAUUUUUUUUUCCUUGUUGAGUUUCAUUCAAGCUGUUUAUAGUAAAGCACUUGUCACUCUGCCUGAGAAUAAGUACUGACAUCUCUCUUUCAUUGUCCCACACUGAUGCAAUGUUGGUACAUGGGUUAGGUCUAAAAGCUAGUCAUUUAUAGGACAUGAAGUGCACUGUUUAAAUUUUCCCAGUUUACAAGUUAAUGCUGAAGAGGAAAAAAAAAAAAAGUUGUUGAAAUGCUGUCAGAUGACGAGGGUCCCGUUGUUAAAAAGCA